AGUGUCUGCGUCAACCUGCCACAGCGGAAGUGAAAGCUGCAUUGGAAAUAGCGGCUAGAUAAAUAACCAUGUCCGGUAUUUUAGUAUUGCUCAUUGUAAAUAUUUCCCACUAACAAAAAUGAAUGUAUUUACCUGCGUCGUGUUAUUUCUCGUAAGUGCCGCAGCUGCUAAAAAAAGCGGGGACGAUGAGUGGGUGCAUCUGCCAGAUAAAUGUGAAGUGUGCAAAUUUGUGAGUAUUGAGAUGAAGUCUGCAUUUGAAGAGACUGGCAAAACAAAAGAAGUGAUUGAAACCAACUACCGUUUCCUGGAUGAUAAAGGUUCACCGCCAAUCAAAUAUGUCAAAUCUGAUAUUCGUUUCAUAGAGGUGAUGGAGAACGUUUGCUCAAGGAUUAUGCAGUACAAUCUACACAAAGAGAGAGAUGGCAGCAAUCGCUUCGCAAAGGGUAUGUCUGAGACAUUCUCUACCUUACAUAACCUGGUUAAUAAAGGCGUGAAGGUGGUCAUGGACAUUCCCUUUGAACUGUGGAAUGAGACCAGUGCAGAAGUGGCUGACCUCAAAAAACAGUGUGAUGUGAUGGUAGAGCAGUAUGAAGAAGUCAUCGAAGACUGGUAUAAAGGCAGCCAGGAGGAAGAUCUCACCACUUACCUGUGUGAAAAACAUGUGCUGAAAGGACAAGACGCUGACUGUCUUAAAGAGACAUGGGCUGGGAGAAAGGGAGACACGGCAGCUAUCGCAGAGGACAAGAAGAAAAAGAAGGGCAAAAAGAAGAAGGGUAAAGACAGCGAGGAUGGGCAGAAAAAGGAAAAGAAGGUGAAGAAGAAGAAGAAGAAGAAGGAAAAGUCCAAGCUUCACAACACCAAAAAGCGGAAAACCGAAGAAGCUGGAUACACCUCAGAUGAGGAGGAGAUUCAGAAGAAAGUUCCUCUUAAUCAGGAGAAAACUGAACUCUGAUAUAGUUCUUUGCCUUUUUUGUUUGUUUGUUUUCUGACGCUUGACAUCUAAAAUUACAACUGAUACCAAGAUGUACGUUGAGUUUUAAGUCCAUGAGAAGGAGGUAAUAUCGAGGUCCUCUUUCUAGAUCAGACAGAACAUGUCACUUGAAUGUUGCAUGAACUGGAAGAUGCUAAAAUCAAACGCCAUUUCAGAUCCAAAAAUGGCAGCUACUGUAGACCAAUCAAAUCAGAGCUUGGAUUUAAACGUUUGCUUGUGUUUGUUCUCAUGCUGGUACAUGUUGGUGACAUUGAUAACAUGCUAAAAUAGGAAGUGUUUUGAAUCAAUGAAGCUGGCAAGCUCUUGGAAUGGAUUCUGGAGAUCCUUCUCAUGGUUCUCAUUUCUAUUCCUCUCACUCAUGUUUCUUUCCUAAA